UUUCUCUCUUAAAGCCCCUCUCACCCCCCGUGAUACCGACCGCCGCGUUGCCGACUCACCGACGGUCAGCAGUCAUCAUCAUCAAGCCCCAUCCAAGUCCCGCUCCGAGUGUUGCAGUCGCUCCCACCUCGUGAUCUGAUCACAGCCGAGUCCUCAAAGGUCUAGCAAGCCCCCCUCGCAACUCCACACCCCCGCCCAACCCCACCCCACAAUGGUCCACGCAAACUUCAAGCUCGCCGACCCGUCGCUCCUCCUCACCAAGGGCUGGAUUAACGACGCCGAGGUCGAGUCGCACACUGGCGCGCGCUUCGACGUCCGCGACCCCGGCUCGGGCGACGUCUGGACCUCGGUGUCCGCCAUGGACGCUGUCGACACGGACAAGGCCGUCGCGGCUGCGACCGCCGCGUUCCCCGCCUUUGCGGCCAUCCCAGCCCGCCAGCGCGCGCGCAUGAUCCUCAAGAUUGACGAGCUCGUCCGCGAGAACAAGGAGGACUUGGCCCAGCUGCUCGUCAUGGAGUCGGGCAAGGCGCUUCCCGAGGCCCGCGCCGAGGUCGACUAUGCUGCCACCUACUCGUGGUUCAUGGCCGGAGAGGCCGAGCGCAUCACGGGUGACACGAUCAAGGCCAACGACAACCCGUCGUUGCGCUUCUUCACCCAGCGUGUCCCCAUCGGCCCCGUGGCUCUCCUCAGCCCUUGGAACUUUCCCCUCGUCAUCACCCUCCGCAAGCUCGCAUCAGCUCUCGCUGCUGGCUGCACGAUGGUGAUCAAGCCCUCGCCCGAGACGCCCACCACGGCGCUGGCGCUCGCCGUGCUCGCCAAGCGUGCUGGUGUCCCGGCUGGUGUCAUCAACGUCGUGCCCGCCUCGACCGCCACCACUCCCGAGGUCGGCAAGGCCCUGUGCGAGGACAAGCGCAUCAAGAAGCUCAGCUUCACCGGCUCCACCGGCGUCGGCAAGCUCCUCAUGGGCCAGGGCGCGUCGACCCUCAAGAAGAUGACCCUCGAGCUGGGCGGUAACGGCGGCUGGGUCGUGUUCGAGGACGCCGAGUUGGACAAGGCUGCUGAUGCCCUCAUCGCCAACAAGCUCCGCCACGCCGGACAGGUGUGUGUUUGCGCGAACCGCGUGUUCGUCCAGCGCUCCAUCGCCUCCAAGUUCGCCUCACUUGUCGCGGACCGCGUCGCCAAGCUCAAGUUCGGCCACGGCCUCGACGAGGGCGUAACCAACGGCGCGUUGACCACCUCGCGCGGAGCCGAGCGCGCCGCCGUGCUCGUCGCCGACGCCAUCUCGAACGGCGCGACCCUCGUCACCGGCGGCAAGCCGUUCGGCACGGGCAACCACUUUGAGCCAACCAUCUUGACCGGUGCGCCGCGCCACGCCAAGGUGUACGCCGAGGAGAUGUUCGCACCCAUCGUGAGCAUCUACGAGUUCGACACCGAGGCCGAGGUCAUCGACCUGUGCAACGCCACCGACAUGGGCUUGACCAACUACGUGUGGACGCGGGACAUUGGCCGCGCGUGGCGCGCGUUCGAGCAGCUCGAGAGCGGCACGGUCGCGAUCAACACUGCCAACGCGACGACGGCCGAGUGCCCCUUUGGCGGCAUCAAGGAGAGCGGUAUCGGCAAGGAGGGCGGCAUCGGCUACGGCGUCGAGGAGUUUACCGUGCUCAAGGCGGCCGCGUUGACGGUUUAGGGGGCUACGGGCGGUGGUUCGGUAGUACGGACGUGGUUCAACGGCUCAGCAGAUUGAGGCGUGUGGGUAGUAGCAGCAUGCAGGAUUACAGCGAUG